UUGGUUGCUAAUGAUCAUGUCGUUAAGCAAUGAGCUGAGUGACCUACUUUUCUCCAGUUCGCAGUAGCGAGCUCCAGUCAGUCCUGUUUACCAGGAUCAGCCUCCGGAGGAUGUUCGCUACGAGCAGGAGAGAAGACACCACACAUUACGUUCCGACUGAGUAAAACACUGAAAUACGCGGCGUUCGUGCGCCGGGGGAUGGUUUUUCUUUUAUAACAACCGUGCAUGCUCAUUCCAAAUCACUUAACACAGCCUCUUCAUUGGAUUUUUGUCUUAAUGUCCUGUUGGGAAGUCAAGCUUACAUUUGGCGUUAAGGUGGGAAGCGUUGGAAAAGGAGCAUCGUUCUGAAGUAUGGGACUCAAAACAAACAAAAUAAAUUAAAUCAAGGUCAGGGGUCCUCGUGCCGCGUGGCCGGCUGCAGUGGAGCAAGUCGAUCGGGGGUACACGUGACGGCGCAGGGGUGAGAGGUCUGGAUGGGACACGUCAGAUGCCAGAGAGGGCCCUGACGGCAGCAGGAGUGAGGAUGGACAGCCUUGCCGAAUUCGAGAACCACUGCCCGGCCGGACGGAGGGACUGGGAUUCCAGCAGCUGUGUGGAAGAUUUGCUGGAAGAAGAUGAGAAAGACCGGGCAAAAAGGGCGUCGCGUAACAAAUCGGAGAAGAAACGCCGCGAACAGUUCAAUGUCCUCAUCAAGGAGCUGUGCACCAUGCUGCAGAGUCAGGGCUACCCCCGCAAGAUGGACAAGUCCACCAUCCUGCAGAGAACCAUCCACUUCCUGGAGAAGCAGAGAGAGCUCUCUGCUCAGACGGAAUCCUGCGAGAUCCGGCAGGACUGGAAGCCCUCGUUCCUUAGCAACGAGGAGUUCACCCAGCUGAUGCUGGAGGCUUUAGAUGGCUUCCUGAUAGCGCUUACAACAGAUGGAAACAUAAUAUAUGUUUCAGAUAGUGUUUCCUCCCUGACCGGCCAUUUGCCUUCAGAUAUGGUGGAUCAAAAUAUCCUGAACUUUCUCCCCGACGGUGAACACGGCGAUGUCUACAAGCUGCUCUCGUCCCACGCGCACAUGACCGACCCUGUCUCCGCACACAUCUUGGAGAAUGAGACACACAUUGAGUUCUGCUGUCACUUAGCCAGGGGGAACAUCGACCCAAAGGAGCCACCUACGUACGAUUAUGUGAAAUUUGUUGGAGACUUCAAGUUUCAUAACUAUGUACCUACUUCCUCCUGUAACGGGUUCGAGCUGGCCAUUCCUAACUUGCUGCAGUCGACUCUAGAGGAACAGGUCUGCUUGGUCGCCACCGUCCGGCUCGCCACUCCGCAGUUUCUCAAGGAGUUAUGUAUCGUAGAGGAGCCGUGUCAGGAGUUCACAUCCAGACACAGUCUGGAAUGGAAGUUUCUUUUUUUAGAUCACAGAGCAUCACCUAUAAUAGGCUACUUGCCCUUUGAGGUUCUGGGAACGUCUGGUUAUGAUUACUACCAUGUGGACGACCUGGAGCUCAUAGCAGAGUGUCAUAAACAGCUAAUGCAGUUUGGGAAGGGGAAGUCCUGCUACUACCGUUUCCUAACCAAGGGCCAGCAGUGGAUCUGGCUGCAGACCCAUUACUACAUCACCUACCACCAGUGGAACUCCAAGCCUGAGUUCAUUGUGUGCACGCACACCGUUGCCAGCUAUGCGGAGGUGCGGGCAGAGCAAAGGCGGGAGCUGGGCAUGGAGGAGGCGUCGUCUGAAAUGGCCCCCUCCUCUUCCAUCAAGAGCCAUGAAGUGUACCUGGAUAUCCGUCCCGAGGCAACCCAGGAAAGGGUGGGCAGAGCGUGUUCGGUCUCCUCUCACAGCUCCAGGAAGUCUUCACACACGGCCAUGUCUGAUUCGGCAUCAAAUUCCUCAAUCAGGUACACAGAGGCCAGUACCCCUUCCCGCCAGUCCAUCGCCGUGGCAACCAACAAGGCCCUUCCCAGACUGCAGCCCAACACUUCCAAGGCUUUACUACAGAGCCCGACCUCCAGCAACCUCCACCCCACACCCAACACCCCCCUGUCCCCGCCCUGCGGUGGUCUCAACCCCCAACCCAGCACCCCUCUGUCGCCCCCCUGCAGCCAGCACUCCCCCAUGGUGCAGUCGGCCCCCCUGGGCGUGAUGCACCAGCUGAAAGAGGAGUUGGAGGAGAGGACGCGAGUCCUGCAGGAUGACAUCAAGACCCAGCAGCAGGGCCUGCAUCACAUUAAGGAACAGCUGCAGCUCCUGCAGAUGAUGUUACAGAAGCCCCAGGACGUGGGUCCGGUGCCCCAGGCCCAGGCAUUGCAGGCUGGCCCGGGCAGGCCUCAGCAGGGUGUCAGCCCCUCCAGACAGUCUGUCCUGGGGCAGGAGCACCUGUGCAGCCCCCUGGGCUCCUCGCCCCUGCCCCUCAGCACAACGUCCGCUCAGGUGCAGAGGCCAGUGGGGAGUGUCCAGAUGCAGGUGUCCAGCCUACCAGUGCAGACCCAUACCAGCAUAGCCACGCCUUUCUACAGCAACCCCCCCCACUUCCCCUCCCACUGCCCUCCUUCUCAGGAUCUCAGCCAAAGACACGCCGACUUCAGCACAGAGGGGCAGCUACGAAUGCUGCUCAACCAGCCAAUCCAGUCCCUGCUGCCAGACAGCACCAUGACCUCACACACCUCGCAGUGCAGCACGGUGCUACAGCCAACCAAUUUUUCUGGUUGUGUCAGAUACACAGUGGAGCAGCAGGCCAUGACGACCUCUCUCCCCCAGCUGAGCUGCAGCGCUCUGAUCGUCCCUCCCUUCAUGAUCUCCCACAACGGCUUCUUCAGCCCCCAGACACAGGCCCCCCGAGCCCCCCAGCAGCCCCUGCAGCUGCAGCAGCAGCACUACUUUCAGCAGAUGCAGGCUCCCGGGAUGCAGACCCAGGCUCUCUUCCACACAGCUCAAGUACCACAGCAAAGCACCAUGGGAUACAUCCAACCACAACAACAGCAGCAGCAGCAACAACAACCCCAGCAGAUCCGGCGUACGGCACAAAACCAGACAGGCAGUCUUUCAAGUAUGCAGCUCCCACGAUAGCACCCCCUCUGGGACCAGACUGUGACUGCACUGCCCCCGGAGAGGUGCAGAGGGACGCCGGGCUCAGCCGGUCCCUGGGACGAUGCUUGUGUUCGCCGGGGCAACCGGCCCUCGCAGACGAUUUCACAAUCUGUCAGGAGCGGCCUUACUUUGGAUAAGGUAGAUUCUGUCUCAAUGUUGUUUUAUUGUCGCUAUUAUAAUUAUUCUUUUCUCUUUAAGAAAAGGUGGACUUCUUGUACUCUUUGUUUGUGUGGGAUGCGGAGGCAGGAAGUGGGUCAGGAGUGACCUCUGACUUGUGGAGCCAGAGUUCAUGUGCAGAACUGUUUCCUGAGGUCAAGAAAUAAAAUUUUAAGCGCCAUGCUGUUUGAAAACAACCAGUCUAGAUCACAAUGGCACCAAGUGUUACAUGAACACAGUUUUAAUUGAAAAACAUUAUAAGCACAAAUACUCACACUUUUCCCUUGGGUCUGCUUCAAGGGGUCGGGAACGGCAUCUCAUGAUACAGUCAGAACGCACUUUAAACAAGCUAAUUAAUACACACUAUUUAAAAUACACCGUCGUUACAUCUACUCGUAAGAUCAAAGGAAAGAUUGUGAGAUGGUUCUGGUCAAUUAAACAGUUUUCAGCCUUUGGAAUCACUUGGAUCUUUUCCUGUAAAAGUAGUAGAUUGUGCUCCAUUGAUAGUCACUGGAAAAAAGUUCUCAGACUCCCAUAAAGUUUAGUGCAAGUCCACGUGCAGCAUUUAGCACUUGUGUCAUUGUUCUCUGCCUUGAAACAGGCUACAGUCUACAGUAUACUGUGGGAAUAGUGGAAGGUAUUCCACCCCUUAUACCUCUGUGUUGUUUUCACACAUUUAACUGUAAGGAACAUAUGUAUACAUUUUUUUAAAAUAAUUUGUUUAUGAAUCAAGUUCAAUCUGUAAGGGGCGAUAUAAUGUCAAUGCAGGUGAUGAAGAUCAUUAAGAGAAGCAUCAGGAAUGGUAGAUGACUGGUUCUGUUCUAUGUAUGUGUUGCUCUCUCUCUCUCUCUCUCUCUCUCACACACACACUCAUACACACAAUACAAAAUGAUUUUCAUGCAAUAGGUCCGUUUUUCAUGCUUUUUUAUGUUUUCUGCAUAUCAUCACAGUGCAACCUUCCAUAAUAAUUAGAUUUAAAAAUAAUUUAUAAUAGGAAAAAUAAAUUUUAUACCAUGUAUAUGCAUGCAUUUACUGUGUGCAUUCACUUUUUCAAAAUGUUCUCAAAAUGUUUUCCAGAAUUUUUCCUCAUUGAGGUUCUCGCUUAAUUAACAUGCUUUCAGCCUGUUUUAUUUAUGUGCAUUGUGUUUAUAAAUCGAGAGUGGGGACUGAUUCACAAAAGAUAAUGACAUUUAGUUACAGAUUUAUUAUUUUAAUUGGAUUUUUAAAUGAGCCAAAAUGAAGGUUGAGUCGUAAACAGUAAUUAAAUGGAGUCAUAAAUGGCGAACACGUGCACACAUGUUUACCACACUUCCUCUUGCCUACCUGCCUGUGAUUGGCCCUCACCACAAUCCAUCCUGUCUCUGAGCAGCUGGAUAAAAAAUAUCUAUCUAAAGAAUGUUUUAACUUAUAAUUUCAAAAAGGAUGUAUUAAGACGUGUUAAUGUAUAAAAGAGACAUAAUUAUUUAAUAGCAUAUACUAUGUACUGUGUAAAUGGGAUUUAAAUAUUUUUGUACAGAAAUAUCUAAAACAUUCCUUUAAUCCUGUGUGUGUGUGUGUGUGUGUGUGUGUGUGCAGCGUGCAUGCGUGCAUGUGUGUAUUUGCCUGUGUUUGUAUGCAUAUGCAUAUCAAAGGCAACCAUAUACAAUUUCUUAUUUUUUCUUUCUCAUAAAUGUAUAUAAUAAAAUGUAUGUAGGAUGACAUAAACAUAAAAUAACUUGACAUAUAACAGGCUUCUGCCAAUGUCACCUCUUUUAUUCCAAUCUGGAUUCGAAACACAUUAUCCUUAACUUUUAGUUACCCUUCAAUUUUUAUAUUUUCCCCCAUCAUUAUGCUCAACCCUUGAGAAAAUAUUAAGAUUUCUAUUGCUUUCAGUCUGCCUCUGUUGUGUGUCAUUUGAUUUUGUAAUUCAAAUAUAUCUUUCGGUAUCCAAAGAGGUCAAACACAAGACAUUAAUAGUUACGUGCUAAUUCCGUGAAUAGACAUAUCCCAUUAAUUUAAGAAACUUUGUGUAAAACUGAAUAAAAAUGAAAGACUGACAUAGUCACAGCUCAAGGAACAAAAAACAUAUUGAGUGUAGGAACUGCUCAUUAAACAUUGUUUAUCUUAUUAUUAGCACAAUGUUCAACUGAAAGCUAACUCAAGAAGGUUUAACCACACUCUAUAGUCUACAGUGUACAACACAACACAACAUAGAUUUGGAUGCAUUGUUAGGUAAAGGCUGCUUUUGUCUUAGUGGUGUGUCUGCUUUAGCAAUUUUCUGCUUUUGUGAUACAGGUCUUUUAGUGAUUCCCUACUUCAGCAAUGUGCUGCUUUAUGGCCCUAAUUCCUCAUAACUUGCUACGGGUGGCAGCUGACUAACCCAAGCUGUGCGUCAACAGCCCCAACAGCAUUUUACAUAAGAUAAGAAUGUUCAGUGAUGAAAACGGGCCACUCAGUCUACCGUUUAUAGGCUAUUCACUUACAGACUAGGGAGUAUGCAGCCCUGUAUGAGACUUGAACCCUCAAGGGGUCUCUGUCUAGUACAUGACCUGGAGAAGUGUUCCCUACACUGGAAACAUACUUCCCGAAAGCAGAACAAAAUGUACCUCUAAAUAUUUUGACCCAUGCCUCCUAAUUCAGCAGUACUCAACCUGAAGUGUCUUUUUUUUGUCAAUUUUAUUUGUACCUUUCAAAAAUGUAUAACCCUCAGUCAAAUAGGUCUUUGUUAAUAAGCUACUUGAAGGAAUUAUGAAAGAUGUGAAAUGGCUGUCACCGUGACCUAUGUUUGACCGAUCAAACAUGCAGAGCUCAAUACUGUAUUUCAGAAGAAAGCUGCAGUCGGGUAAUUUGUCUUUACUUUCCUUGACUCGCAGCUUUUCACUUUCAUUUGACUGUGAGUGAGCUGCUUUAAGCUUGCCAAGUUUUUUUCUCCCUCGCUGAACCUUAUUCCCACAGAGAAGUGCCAGCUCAUGUCUUCUCUGGGUUGUUUCCUUUUUGUGAAAUGUUUUGGUUAUUUUUAGUGUAAUUAUUUUAGUGGAUUUUAUAUCAAAUUCCAGCAAAUAUUUCCUUGGUUUUGUUCACAAAGCGAAAAGAAACUGUCCUUAACUUUAAGGAAAGAUUUUUUAAGUUACAUCUUCAACAUUGUUUUUGUCUGCAGUCACCAGAUGUGACAUGGAUGGAUUAUACAUGUAUUGCAUGCAUAAAUGUGCUGGUUAAGUCAGGUUAUCUGGAAGCUGGAAGUAUUUUUUUAGGGGUUGCUUGAAGAUGGGGGAAGGUUGAGAAAAAAUAUAUAUAUCCUAGUGUAAAAUAAAAUGAUAAAAAAAAUAAUUACACUUGUUUCAGAACAACAGACAACGUUUUACAUUUAAAUUUAAAAAUGAAAGAAAUGUAGAUAUUGUAUUAUAAAAUGUACAAAGAAUAUUUAGUACAGUGGUUUAUUUUAUAUUAUGUCAAGAUUAUAAUACAUUUGUAAAUGUUCUAUGAUUUAAAAGUAAAACAAAUGUAUUUUGUAACAGAAUAAAAUUAUUGAAGUGUCUUAAUGGGGAAAGGUGUAUUUUUUUGAUGUUGCACAAAGUAAAUAACUGGCAUCGUACAGCUUGUUUACCACUUACAGGUACUGUCAAAAUAAGCUUUAACAUAUUGUUUAAAAAAGAAAAAAGGUUUACAUUCUUCAACAAUUUGGUUAUUAACUCUGUGACCGUGAUAUUUCUUUUUUAUUUAACCUGGAAAAUGUAAUAUCUUUGAAAUAAACAUUUCAAGACUG